AUGUUGACCCAGGACGGCAAAAAGCUCAUCUUCCGUCACGACGACCAUCUCCUCUGGAUCGAACCAUGGAGCACAAAUGCCUUUCGAGUGCGAGCUACAAAACUUGCUGCGUUUCCAACGGAUGACUGGGCUCUCAGCGAGGCAGUAGUCGACACAUGCUCUGCCGUCAAGAUCAUAUUACCAAACGACAAAGAUGGCUCUGCAACCAUCACCAAUGGCAACAUCACAGCAUCAGUCUCCCGACGAGGGAAGAUCAUCAUGACCAAUUCAAAAGGCAACAAGCUGCUAGAAGAAUACGCUCGGCACCGCUUAGACCUCACGGAUCCGAAAUGUAGUGCGCUUGACAUCCAGGCUCGGGAGCUCAAAGGUAUACCCGGAGGAGACUUCCACGCCACGCUUCGUCUCGAAAGUCUGGAUCCUGAUGAGAAGAUUUAUGGCAUGGGUCAAUAUCAGCAACCGUAUCUCAACCUCAAAGGCACAGAUAUCGAGCUUGCCCAGCGAAACUCACAAGCCAGCGUUCCCUUUGCUGUGAGCAGCUUGGGGUACGGUUUCCUAUGGAACAAUCCCGCUGUAGGCCGAGCCGUGCUGGGCAAGAACGUAAUUUCAUUCGAGAGCUACUCGACAAAAGUGAUAGAUUACUGGAUCGUAGCAGGAGAUUCUCCCAAAGAAACCACAGAAGCCUACGCUUCCGUCACAGGUCACGUCCCCAUUAUGCCAGAAUAUGGUCUCGGAUUCUGGCAAUGCAAGCUCCGCUACAAAUCCCAGGACGAGCUCCUCGGCAUCGCCCGUGAAUACAAGAAGCGAAAAGUCCCCUUAGAUCUCAUCGUGAUAGAUUUCUUCCAUUGGAAAUACCAGGGCGAAUGGUCGUUUGAUCCAGAAUUCUGGCCCGAUCCCAAAGCCAUGAUGGCCGAGCUCAAAGAAAUGGGCGUGGAACUCAUGGUCUCCAUCUGGCCCACCGUCGACAGCAAAGGCGAGAACUGGGACGAAAUGCUCGAAAAAGGGCUCCUCAUCCGGCACGAUCGCGGCGUACGAGUCGCAAUGCAAUGCGAUGGCGAUGUCACACAUUUCGACGCCACGAACCCCGAAGCCAGAGAAUUCGUCUGGUCCAAAGUCAAGAAAUCUUAUUUUGACAUCGGCAUCAAAGUCUUCUGGCUCGACGAAGCAGAACCCGAAUUUUCGAUUUACCAAUUCGAUAAUUACCGUUAUCAUAUCGGUCCGGUCCUACAGAUCGGAAACCAGUUCCCGAAAUCCUAUGCUCAAGGUUUCUACGAAGGGCAGACGGCAGCCGGACAAACGAAUAUUUUGAACCUCCUCCGCUGCGCAUGGGCGGGCUCGCAGAAAUAUGGUGCGCUGGUGUGGUCGGGCGAUAUCGCGUCUUCAUGGGCAUCUUUCCGGAAUCAACUCAGCGCAGGUUUGAAUAUGGGAAUGGCGGGGAUCCCAUGGUGGACGACAGAUAUCGGCGGUUUCCACGGCGGGAAUCCCAACGAUCCCGAAUUCCGCGAACUUUUCGUUCGAUGGUUCCAAUGGGGUGCUUUCUGUCCCGUGAUGCGUUUGCACGGAGAUCGUGAACCUAAGCCUCAAGAUCAACCGACUGCUCCCGGAGCUCCGAAUGAGAUUUGGAGCUAUGGUGAUGAGGUUUAUGGGAUUUGCGUCAAGUAUAUUGGGAUCCGGGAGGAAUUGAGAGAGUAUACGAGGUCUUUGAUGAAGGAGGCGCAUGAGAAGGGGUCGCCGGUUAUUAGGACGCUGUUUUAUGAAUUUCCUGCGGACCAGAGGGCGUGGGAGCUUGAGACGGAGUAUAUGUAUGGGUCGAAGUAUCUGGUUGUUCCGGUUUUGGAGGCGAAGAAGAGGAAGGUCAAGGUGUAUUUUCCGAAGGGUGCAGACUGGACGACUUGGGAUGGGAAGGAGAAGUUUGAGGGAGGGAAGGAGGUUGAGGUUGAUGCGCCGAUUGACACGAUGCCCGUCUUCGUCAGGAUGUAG